AUGGCGAGAAUGCCUGGCAGCGGCGGCGACUGGAACACCGGCAGCAGCGGCGGCGGGGAGAACAAUGGGGGGGACCGGCCGCCGGGCCGCGGCGGCACCCACCGCCCCCACCACUACUGCAGCGCGGGGGAGGACGAGGACGGGGAGGACGACGAUGAGAUCCAGGAGGUGCAGAUAACGGGGGACGAGGAGGACGGCGCCGAUGGGGGGCUCCUGCUACUGGACGAGGAAGAGGAGGAGGAAAUGGGGCUGGAGUGGGACGGCGAGGAGGAGCCGCUGGAGCCCGAGCCGGUCCUUAUGAUCAGUAUGGACCGGGCCAGUGGCGGGCUGGACUCCUCUUGCGGCGGCGGUGGCGGCCGCCUUGGAGGCGGCUGUGGCGGCAGCAUCGGGGCAGCAGCAGUUGGGGGCGCCCCAGUGCCCGCUAGCGCCCGGGGCGCGGAGGACUCGGACCCGGAGACCGACCUGCUGCUGCAGCGCCCCGAGCGGGCCCGGCUGAGCGAGAACACCCGGCUGGCCACCCGCUACGCGGUGCGCAUCUUCCGGGAGUACCUGAGCGAGAAGUCCCAGAGCCCGGACUUCGAGACCAUGGACAAGGGGGCGCUGUGCCGGGUGCUGCGCUCCUUCUACGCCGAGGCCCGCUCCAAGAGCGGCCAGCUCUACUCCAAGUCCUCGCUCAUCAGCAUCCGCAGCUCCCUCAACCGCUACCUCAACGAGCCGCCCUACUGCCGCACCCUGGACCUGACCAAGGACCCGGAGCUGCGCGCCGCCAACCUGACGCUGGCGGCGGUGAUCCGCAAGCUGGAGGAGCAGGGCGCGGGGCCGGUGGUGCAGAAACAAGCCAUCACCCGGGCGGAUCUGCGCAAACUGUACACCUGCAGCGUGUUCAGCACGCAGAGCCCUUUCGGGCUGCUCAACAAGGUCUGGUUCGAGACCUGCAUGUACUUUUGCACGCGGGGCCGCGAGAACCAGCGCGAGCUGGAGGAGGACUCCUUCGGGCUGGCCAUGGACGAGGACGGCCGCAAGUUCGUCUACUUCAAGUCCCUGGGACCCUACCACAAGUCGCGCUCCUCCUCCUGGAGCAAGAAGCGGGCGGAGAGCAGCGACGAGGAGAACCUGCCCCGCAUGUACGAGACGGGCACCGAGUUCUGCCCUUACUCCAGCUUCGUCAAGUACCUGGCCAAGCGCAACCCGCUGUGCAAGGCCUUCUUCCAGCGGCCGCGGGACCACUGCAGCGAGGGGGAUGUCACCUGGUACGAGAACAAGGCCAUCGGCAAGAACCUGCUGGGCACCCGCAUGCAGAUGCUCUCCAAGGCGGCCAAGCUCUCCAAGACUUACACCAACCACUGCAUCGGCGCCGUCUCCAUCGCCACCCUCAACAGCAUCGCUGGCAUCGGCACCAAGCUGGGCGGGCACCACCCGCACCCCGCCGGGGCGGCAGGGGGCUGCUACACCGCCGCCCAGGCCAUCCUCAACGGCGGGCACCGGCACCGGCCCCCGCCCGCCCCCGCCAACACCUACAUCCUCCCCAAAGACAGCGACGUCCCCCACGUGAAGGCAGAAGCGGCCGCUCUGACACCGGCCAAGCGCUCCCUCUACGAGGCUGUGUACACUGGGGCGGCCGCGGCCGGGGGGGAUGCUUGCGGCCCCUCCUCGUCCCCCAAAAGACUCUGCCUCCGCCCCGCCGAGCCCCUGGACGCUGCUACUGCCGCUGCCUCCGUGGUGGUGGUGUCAGUGAAACACGACCCCCUGCCUCUCCUCCUCCCCGAAGCCAAUGGGCACAGAAGCACCAACUCACCCACAGUAGUUUCACCUGCUAUUGUUUCCCCCACACAGGACAGUCGGCCAAAUAUGUCAAGACCUCUGAUCACUAGAUCCCCUGCAUCUCCAUUGAACAAUCAAGGCAUCCCCACUCCAGCACAGCUCACAAAAUCCAACGCACCAGUUCAUAUUGAUGUGGGUGGGCACAUGUACACCAGCAGCUUGGCCACGCUUACUAAAUACCCUGACUCCAGAAUUGGAAGGCUUUUUGAUGGCACAGAGCCCAUUGUUUUGGACAGUCUCAAGCAGCACUAUUUCAUUGACAGAGAUGGGCAAAUGUUCAGAUAUAUCUUGAAUUUUCUACGUACAUCAAAACUCCUAAUUCCUGAUGAUUUCAAGGACUACAGUUUGCUAUAUGAAGAGGCAAAGUAUUUUCAGCUCCAGCCCAUGCUAGGUGAAAUGGAAAGGUGGAAACAGGAUCGGGAGACUAGCCGUUUUUCAAGGUCCUGUGAGUGCUUGGUGGUGCGUGUUGCCCCAGAUCUUGGAGAGAGGAUUACACUGAGUGGCGAUAAAUCUUUGAUAGAAGAAGUUUUUCCAGAAAUUGGCGACGUGAUGUGUAAUUCCGUCAAUGCUGGCUGGAAUCACGACUCCACCCAUGUCAUCAGGUUUCCAUUGAAUGGAUACUGUCACCUCAACUCAGUUCAGGUACUUGAGAGGUUGCAGCAAAGAGGAUUUGAGAUUGUUGGCUCAUGUGGAGGAGGGGUGGACUCUUCCCAAUUCAGUGAAUACGUACUGAGGCGAGAACUCAGAAGGACAUCUCGUGCACCCUCCGUCAUUCGAAUAAAGCAAGAGCCUCUGGACUAAAUGGACAUGUUUCUUUAUGCAAAAAAGGGACGUUACAUGUGCAGUUUGGACACCAAACAAGUCCUGGAACUAAAAUUGAAUAAAGACGCCUUUGUAUGAAAUAUAGAGACCACACCUGAAUUCAUGUGGGAGCAUUUGGAAUAGUAAUAAUAAUAACCUCAAGGUGUAAUUAUAUGUCAAAAGAUAGGACAUGCAAACAAAGGAAGGGGGGAAAAUGGGUAGGUAAGGCUGGUGCUGUGAUAGCCGUUAAGUGUCCUAGACCUUCUUUAGGCCCACUUAACGGUAAACAAGCCAUUACCAUCGGGGGGAGACAAAGUACUCCUAUACAUUUUCCAUUACCAGAGAUCCAUCCACUUUCCCAUGUGUACAUCUUGAUUCAAGUUUCUUUGCGUUUGAGGGUUUAUGUUGGUGUCUUUUUAGAGGUAACCAGGCAGGAGGACUUCAGGAAACAUCCAUCCAUUGCAGUGAAAGCUAGUUGACUGAGAUUUUAAACAUAGUCUGUACAGAUGUCACACACUUUUGUCUGCCUUCACAGAUGUGAAAAGUUAUUUUUUUUUAUGUUUUAAAUGAGUUGAGUUUUUUGGGUUUUUUGCAAUGGGACCAGAAUUAACACUUUACAGUAGAGUUGCUCUAGUUUGGAUCUGCUGCUUUCCUACAAUUUUUUAAAUUUUAUAAUAUAUUGGAUACAAUAAACACUGUUUAAAAUAAUGAAGAUGUGGAUUAAACCAACAAAAGCAAAAGAAAUUGAACUAAAAUAAUCAGUCAGUAGCUCACUCUGUUAUGCUUCCCCUAGUCCUAUUAGGUUGCAGAAUAGUAAGUUAUCUUGCAUACAGUAAGCAAGCUGCAAUCCCCAGGCAUGGUAGAGUGAGUUACAGGAAAUAGAUGCUCUCAUUGGCCUAUAUUGGAAAACCUGUCUGGUGCACCCUACAUUGCUGGUUUACAUUCAACACUAGUUUUUUAAGCUUUGAGUUUGAAAAGAGGCUCUUGUGACGGGACCAUUUUCAGUACUGGUCAAACUUAAUAAUAAUAAUAAUAAGUUUGGCCCAGAGAACUCAGUCAUGAAAAUAAUGCCAGGUAAAUGUUUUGAAACCUAUAACUAAUAAUAGUCACAUCAUUCCUUUUUAAACAUGGAGUUGGCAGCUGUAACUCUGAAUUACCUUGAUGACUCAUUCAGAAUGUUUGUUUUUAAUGUUGUUAAUUUCCCUUGUUUAGGGCUAAUAAGCUUCUGCCUAGAAGUGAGACCCUUUGGCUACACCAUCAACCUUAUUAUUCUUAUUACUAGGCAGUAACUUUGUACACAGUUAUCUUGCAAGUUAUUCUUAUUGUGCAACAUUUCAUUGAAAUCAAUUGUGCACGUGCCCAGUUGAUGUCAAUUAGACUUUGCAAAGUAAACAUAACGCGUAAAUGACACUACUGCACAAACUGUUCAUGGGUUGAUGAUUUUAUCACAUAAGAUGCACCAGCAACCACAUUAUCUUUCAUCCAAAGUAUGUCUUUAUGCAAUAUUACGCUAUAUGACUGUAUAUUACUAUGGAAAAUCCUAUUGAAUCAAUGGUGCAGGCAUUCCAUUCAUUUCAGUGAGAUCUUGCUAUUUAUUUAAAAAACAUUGUGAAAAGUAAAUACUCCAUGUAACAAGAUUUUUAAUAUAGUUCUGAUAACUGAAAAAAGUAAACCAUUUUUUCUGUUUUUUAUUAACGUUUAGGAGAGGGAGGGAUAUUUAAUAUCUUCUUGGCAGUGCAUCCCAUUGUGAUUUGAAAUGAGCAGGUCAUGGAACUGGAGAGGUGGAGCAGUGGGGGAGAGGAACUCCGGAAAUCUAAGUUGGGUAGACAGUUAUAAGGUUUUAGUUUCCUGCUGAUCUGUAGGUAUACACUUAUGAAAAGCUUGAAAUAGCUGUAUCAUUUUUAAAUGCUUGUUUUCGAUUAAUAAUAAGUACUCCUCUUACAAAAUAAAUAAAUUGCGUGUACUUCUCCCUCCCACCCUCCAAAAAAUUAGUUGUUAGUUUGCACAGAGGUGGGAAAGGAAACAUCCCAGGGAUUGAUAUUUGUAUUUGUGCAAAGUAGUCUGAAAUGGUUGAGAGUGAAUGUGCAAAACUUGAAUAUACGUUAUGGAAACUCUGCCAGGCUGUGUGAGUGUAGUGUUGCUGCUGAGGCCUCUGGCUUAUUACAAUGCACCUGCCUAUCCUCUGGUCUGUGUAAGCACAGAGAUCAUUGGGGUGGAUGGGAAACAGGCAUCAAAAGAAUUCACUUUAUCUUUCCUCUUAAAUUCUACUACAAAACAUUUUUGUUACUGUGUUUUCAAGUUUCUGGGUUUCAUUCAGUUGGAAGUUUUGUGGCUCUUUGUACAACAUACCUGUUCAGCUCCCUGAAGCCGGAGCUAACUUCCUGCUCUUUCCAAAUCCCUGAAUGGCCAGAUAUGCUUUCACUGAAUGCUCAUUCAUUAAGAAUUGAGUCAUAAAUCAUUCUGAGACCCUGAAUGUAAAUGUCACUGCAAUUAUGUUGUAGUUAUGGAGUAAGAGGUCACAGACAAAAUAAUGAGAUGCAGGAAUAAACAAAACAUAGAUUUUAGAGAGGAAACAGAUUAGUUUUGUGCACACGAAGGUCACACUUGUAACAAUGUCUUUAAAAUGUUGCUUAGAAAAUCUGAUCAGUAGACACACGAGCGACAUAUCCAGUAAGAGAAACAGAAAGGACGAGUAUAAGGACAGCUCGUUUCUGGAGGCUAAUAAUUUUUACGUGUACAAUAAGUUUAUUUAUCUAUUUUUUUAGUAUGACUGUAUUUUAUGCCAUCAAUGUGUGUUUUAUUUAGCUAUACCGAGUGGAAAAAUUGCAGUGAAUGCCAGCUUCCAACUCUACAUGUCUGGCAGGUUGAUUAAGCAACUAUCAAAGGGACUGCUGUGCAUGUACUCUGAAAAUGCCAUGUGACACACUCUUCCUUAAAAUAAAACUUAGGGGGAGGAAAAACUCUGACUUCCAAAGAACUGUGACGGCAUUGUUGCUUUUUGAAAAGUUAACACUGGAUUUUUACAAGUAGCUCUCAAAGGUUUCACUUCUGAAGCCUAGUACAGUUCUUUCCCAAAUUCAACCUUAAUAUACACUGUGUAAUGCAAGUCUUUAUAUAUAGUGACUCUUGAAAGUCCCAGAUCUGAUGAGCCCCUAAACUGAACUAAUCAAUCCUCUCUCCCUUUGGUCAGGUGGGAAAACAAUUAAGUCCCUAUUUUAGUCACAUUUGUAGAAUUGCUACAUAUCAAAAAGUACUUGGUAAUUCUGUUCCCCACUCCUCUUAUAACAGGAGUUUUGCCCGGUUCCACUCUGCAGUUUCUUUUCCCAAUUCAUUGCCAUGAAUCUAGGAGAAAGCUGAAUUGUCUCUUUUAAACUGCACUAGUCAGUAGGCUCGUAUUUUCAAUUGUUGGCUAGCAGGGGCAUGAAUAAUUGGGAAGCAAUUUGUGGGGGAGGAAGGGAGGGCUGUAUCACACUGACAUUUGACUAAGUUGGUCAUGCUGCACAGUGAAGUUAAUCCAUAGGCUGAAAAGUCCUAUGACUGAAGAUGUAAUAAAAGGCAGAAGGGACGUCAGUGGAGCCUGACUGGCUACAGAGGACCAUCUGAAGAUAUAGAAGUUGAGCAAGCCUUUCAAUUAUUCUUGCUCCUAUUAUUAUGCUAAACAUGAGCUGAUUUUUAAUUUACAAAGAAAUAACUUGUUCGUGGACCCUGCAUAUUUUCCAUAGACCUUUUCAAAUUGAUUUAUGCUUUAAUUACAAGAUUUUGCAUUCCCAUGAGUGACUUAUCACUUUAAAGUCCACAUUUUUUAAAAAAGAGAACUUGCAAUUCUAUUGACCAAUGUUUAUUUUUUAGAGAAAUAAAAUUAUUUACUCGAAUCUGUCACUUCUUUACUGAGGAAUUCUAUAUUAUGAAUCAUUUCUAGUGGACAACUGAUAUUUGAAUGCAGGCAUUCUUGUUGCCUGGGUUUAUUUACAGUGGAAAUGAAACCAAGAAACCCUCAGGGCCUUUAGACCAGUUGAUUUUUCUCAGACUUCACUUUGAAUGGUUUAUUAUUUCUUGAGGGGCUGCAGGGAUCACCAGCACCAAAAUCAAUACUUUGCAUUAAGUCUCUGUGUUGUCUUUGGCUAUUACCUCACUGAGCUGGUUAUUCAAGCCCCCAGAAAUAAACUUGAGUAUGUUGGGUCAGAUGUUUUGUAUUUGAGAUAGAAGCUGUUGAAAUCAAAUCACCACCCUUCUUCCAACACAGAUGCAAGAUAUAUAGUUGAAUUGAUAGUACAAAAGUUUCCUCCCAACAUUUUAUAGCUGUAACUUGAGCUAGAGCAAUGUUUUCAUAUUAGCCAAUGACUAACUUUAGUGUUUUAUGUUAAUAUUAGCACUUGAAAUUGUCCCUCUUUUGGAUAAGACACUUGUUUGCAAAAGUAGAAAUGUCCCAUGGGAGAUUCUGGAUACCUUUUUGUUUUCUGUAAAUAUAUAUAUUUCUAUAACUUUCUUGGCCUGCAGUUUACUACGUUAUUGUUGUUGUGCCAUAUGUCCAUGAAAUAAGAGAAAUUAUCAAAAGAAAAUCUGAAGUUAGCUAUUAAGAACCAGAUUCUGCUCCCCAUUCCUCACAUUUGAAUAGCAGUUUACACCUUAAUUAAUCUCUUUUGGAUUUGAUUAGACUAUUUCAUGGGGUAAGGUGCUAUGUAAUGGGAGUAGGAGGUCAAAAUCUGGGCCAAAAUGAUCAAUUGACCACAAUCCUGUAUUUAAAUUUUUUUAAAAAAAGUUUACAUUUUAAUAUCAGAUCAAGAGUGAGAGAAACGCACCUUCUCUCACAGCAAAGUUUAAACAUUGCAUUCCUGACAAUGCCUCCUAUUUCCCCAUUAGUAUGAAAAAUUUGCCCUGAAGUGACCAGCUCCUGUGUCUGUACGUGCAAGUCAUGCUGAGCACGUGCAGAGCUACACUGGUCAGCUCUAUUGCAUUUAAGAGUACAGCUUUGAUUAGCUUUCUUGGAUGGAUGGUGGAGGAGGAAAGAAAGAUCCAUGUGAUUUGUCUCUGUACUCUGAGUUGGGACUGAUAAAUGAGUUCAUCUAUAAGACCAAAUAGUCUUUCUGUUUCUGUUCUACUAGGUAGCUUGUCAGUAUUUUUUUUUCUGAGGAAAAUAUGUAAUAUUGGAUGCCUGACCUUGCCUAGUCACCACUAUUAAGCAGCCUUUAAUUUAUAGGUAUGCAACAUGUUAAGUACGCACCUCAAUCUGGGUGUCAACCUUUUUUUAAUCUAUACAUAAAGUCUACAUUGACACUCUAGCUUAAUGUACUGUUAGUUGUAUUUGUUCUGAUUUUCCAUUCUAUUACAUUCAAAUUUAUGGAUUAGUGAGGAUCAAAUAAAUUGAUGUUUGAUGCUUCAAUUGAUUAAUCCAGAAGAAAUUACACUUGAUAUACAAAUCAGCACAUGGGAUGCUAGUUCGAUCUGUAGCAGCUGUUUCACUAAUCCUUACAAUUUCCUAAUAAAUAACAUAUUUCAGAUUUG